UAGCCUAAUAUCAGAGCUGCGACUUGGCGAGUUGCGGGGAAGCUGCGUACUAAAAUUAGCGUUACGUCCCCUGAGCCUGAGAUGCACUCUUUCGCCGCAAAACUCUUGUCAGCGAAUGAGCAAUGGCGAUGGCUUUCAAAACGUGGACGCCAGCCAGCAGCUCAGUUGGUCGUGGCGGUGAGAAUUACUCCGUCUUGCAUGGACACCGGGACGGACUUUCGCAUGCUCACCUACCGUAUGCUCACCAACUACUAGGACGUGGAGC